GUGCGGACAAGUCCUUCAGAGGUUGAGCAAGCAAAUUUCACCAGUCCGACUACGGCCACUCAUCAAAACGUACGUUAGGAGCUGUCGACAUAUAACCUUGAUUCCCGACAUAACAUAUCCGGCGAGUGUGAGCAUUCCGUGACUCUCAAGAUUGUGACUGGGUGCCAAGAGUGCCAGUCGAUGGUACGAUUGUUUUCCAUAACGCCUCUGCGAUAUUUCUGGAACGCAUCAGUUUCAUUGUCGCAAAGUGACUGUUACACCACAGUUAUUGUCUUGUGAUAGUUGGUCCUGAUGCCUUCGUCACUGGACGAGCUUCCUGCCUGUAUUCGUCUGGAGACACACGCUACCGCUCGCGACAAAGCAGUUGCCGCAAGCGAUAUCAGCCCCGGUUCAGUUGUUCUGGAAGUGCCAUCCAUGGUGGUUCUGUUGCUCUCGUCGAGCAAAGGUCGCCGAUGUGAUUUUUGUCUCUGUUCAAGUGCAUCUGAAAUCAGGUUGGCCAAGUGUACUGGCUGUGCUUCAUACUGGUAUUGCGGAUCACAGUGUCAAACGUUGCACUGGGGCUCGCACAAAAAGUUUUGCAAGAGACUUGCUUCCUUCAUGGCUUCAGUCGAGUUUCAAUGCCUGGAAGCGCACGAGCAGCUAGAUGCUUUGCUUCACACCCAUCUCGUGGCGGAAAUUUCGUCUAAUGCGCCUUCCGAUGUAAGAGCAAAGCAGCUAUCCACUUUCAUGUCUCUGCUGCCUGGACCGCCGCAUGACUCCCCCCCGAUUGCUUGCCCCAUGUCUGUGGGCGUUGAUGUACAUCAAAGCCUUGAAGUCCUGUUUAUCCGAUCGCAGAACAAUAAUUUCGCAAUUCACAGCCAUCUCGAUACUAUCGCUCAUGGCAUAUUCCCUCUUGCGAGUCGCCUUUUCAACCAUUCGUGUCUUCCAAAUGCUGCUGCAAGAUAUGUAAUCCGCCAAGGUCAGUCAGUGCGGAUGGAAAUCGUGGCUUUGCGAGAGAUCAAGGCCACCGAGGAGAUCUGCAUUCCUUAUGUGGACCCUGCUCUGAUAGAAUCUCGUCAGCAGAUCUUCGAGCUCACGUACGGCUUCUCCUGUACCUGUCCAUCAUGCAAUUUUAUCAGCACGCUUGGCUCCAUUCCUCCGUUGCCCGGCUCGGAGGCUGCCCUUGCAAAAUUGGACAAUGCCCUACAAACAUUUUGUUUUCCUUCUCCAGAUAUUGAUGAUCACACGCUGCUUGUGGGCUGUAGUCUUCCGGAUCUUCCAGAAAAUCUCCACCGUGUGCUUCGCGAAUCUUACCUAUCGCGACUCACAGAUGCCUUCAGCAAAUCUUCUCACGAGGGUUCUUAUCAUGUCGCUCUUAAUGUUGGGCUGACCGUACUUGCCGUAUAUAUUUUAAUAUACCCAGAAAACUAUCCGCAGAUUGGUAUGCAUCUCCUAGAGAUGGCAAAGACAGCAUGGAACGCUGUGAUCGCAACUGAAUACGACAGUACACACAAAGCUCUUGCGAAGACAUCUUUGCUUAAGCGGGCCCGAGUAUACCGCAAUCUUGCCAACAACAUAUUGGAGGUAUUCGGUCCAGAAGGUGAUCCAGCAGGUCCUCUAGAAGAGCUUGCGGUUUUGAAAAAGCUACUUCAUGAAGAACUGUUAAAAUCACCGCAGGACGAUGAUCAGUGAUCCACCCGAGGUGUUUGCAAUUAUGAUCAGCCAACCGUGACAACAUACAGCUGGAUAGCCUGUCUCAUUUGAUCAACACCUUGUCGCAGAACUUCAUAUCGUCUGAGAGUAUUCAAGUUGCGUGCGCUGGUUACAGUGCUAUCAAAAGAAUUGCAGCAAGGAUAACAUGGGGAAUUUCAACAUUUUGCCUCUUCAAUCAAAAGCAGAUCUAGACCUGGCUAGAGCUUUCCAGAGCACUCUAGAAUACCUUUCGAAUGUAAUUUCACUAGCGGAAAAAGGUGGUAUAAUGUCAGUUUCCCCGCUGUGUAAGCGCAGCCAAAAAAAA